AUGUUAACCUUACCAAUUUUAUUUAUUGCACUUAUGAGUAGCAAUUUCAUCCUCAACGUAUUUGCUGAUGACCCUAGGUUCUGCAACAAUGAGCCUGUGUGUAAGCCUUGCAACUGCAACGCUUCUGGCAGAUGUUCAGGAUUCUGCCAUCAUGACAAGGGCAGUACUGGUCCUAAACAUUGCGACUUGAAUGCCCUGGGUUGCACUUGUCCUCCUGGAAAUAAGGUCCUUGCAGGAGGCUCAUUUCUUGAGCGCCGAGGUGGAUGUAUGAGUGUGGGUAGAGGAGGGAGGGGGAAAAUAGGGGUUGAACCUCAUGGGUCAUGCAUUCAAUAUAAUAACUAUAUCUCAUGUCUCGCCUCAGCACCAGUGUAUUGCCGAUGGGAUGCUGCUCGCCAGAUGUGCGUUGAUAUUCGGGAUGCAGCCAAAAAGGAUCAGGCCAAAAAGGAUCCAACCAAGAAUGUUCCAACCCAAAAGGAUCCGACCAAGAAUGUUCCAACUAAAAAGGAUCCAACCCAAAAGGCCCCGACCCAAAAGGAUCCGACCAAGAAUGCUCCACCCAAAAAGGAUCCAACCAAAAAGGAUCCAACCAAGAAGGCUCCAACUAAAAAGGUCCCAACCUGA